AUGAUCGUUGAUAAAAUUUCGAAAUUUGGCAAAACAAUUUACGAUCACAAAAAGAAGGCUAUAGCCGCUGGUGUGGCGCUGAUAUUCCUUGGUAGAUACUUGGAAAGAAACAGAAGGGAUGCAUGCAUUCGAGCCGCGUACUGUCGAGAAGCAUCCAAAUACGGUCUGCAAACCGUAUCGCCUGAUGAUCGCCCGCGAAGGGUGUCGGUGCUGAUCAAUGUCAGUGCGAAUGAUCGAUAUGUGUAUGAUACCUUCAAAACAAACGCUUUACCUCUACUCAACUUGGCUGGUCUCGAAGUGACUCUGAUUAGGGCCGAAGACGAAGACCAAACUGAAGCAGUCGCAGGCGCACUAGACUCUGCUGAAGCUGACGCGUUGUACAUUGUCGGAGGAGACGGUACAGUGAGUAGGGUGUUGACUGGGAUAUAUCGUAAUCGUAAGGACGCGGUAUUACCGGUCGGUAUAUUUCCGGGUGGUAAUGAGAAUCGCUUCUUGAGCGGAAUUGUACCGCAGGUUUUUUGCGAACGUGACGAUGUGCGAAGGUAUUGUGAGAGCGCGAUGGCAUUAAUUGAAGGCAACAAACGUGAAGUGUAUAUCGCUCGCUGCAGUUUGGUAACUGUUUUAGAUGGUUUCAAUGACAGCGAUUAUCACCAAAAAGACAUAUACGGUCUAUCAGAUGUGAAUGCUGGCUGGUUUUUACAUGCAGAGAUGAGGAAGAGAAAACUGUGGUAUUGGGGUGCGUUAAGGAGGAGAUUCGCGUAUUUUUGGGAGAUGGUUAAGCGUUAUCCAGAACCAAUGAAACUGCAGAUAAAUUAUGAGGAAUAUUGCGAAGGAUGCAAUAAAUGUCGAGGGGCAUCACUUAAUCAAACACCAAAAACAGAAAAGAGAUGGUGGCAUUACCUGAUUGGUACGCCUAAAUAUAAGGAUGAAAGUGAGAAUAAAAGUAAAAAAGAUUAUUCGUCAGUAACAAACGAGAACUGCGGCAAAACACAUGAACUGCAGGUGAAUGCUAAGGAUCUAUAUAUCGAUCACGAACAGCAACAGGACUCAAGUAUGAUUCGAGUACGUUAUGGAGGCUCGCAAUCAGGUCGUAUGGACAUAAUGCGCGAUGGAUGGAAACGUUGUAAGGCGGAUGCGAUGGCCGUAACACCAGACGCAUCGUUCUAUGAGAAUGACUUGAAAUGUCGAUCGGUGCAAUUUGCAUUUCUGAGCGUUCCGAAGAUCAUCGAACGUUUUGCGCUGUUUGGUGACGAAGUGAAACUGGGUGACGGUGCGAAAGAAAACGAGACCAGUGAGGAGAUAUUGAAUAAGAAAGUAAAACUUGAAACGACCGACAAGAAAAUCGUUGUGUAUUUACCGAAAACAUUACGGUGGAGUUUGGAUGAGAUACGAAAUAGUCAGGCUGAGGUUCUUUGA